GACUUCACACAAACUUUCGGUUUCAUUUUUCUUAUUCAAGUUGAGUUGUAAAUUUCUUGCUGAGCUGAGCGGUCGUGAAUUAGUGUUUCUUUAGCGGUUGCAUUCUGAGUCAGGAUAAAUUUAACCGGUGCCCUGGAACUUUGUUUACAGUAAACUGCAGCGAAGACAAAACAUUGAACGAAAAGUAAAUAUCUGCGCGUGCUACUAGUGUGUGUGUCUAAUAUCGAAUAACCAUGGCUUCGGUGCUAGUAAGAUCUGGAAUGGUUCCUCUCGCUCGCUCCACCGCCGUCGCCGGCGGCGAAGCCAUGUGCUGUUUGCGACCGCUUUAUGUACUGGAUAAAAGCCACUACGGUGGUGGUAGGAGUGCCACCAUCAACACACCACUACCCGGCGGUAAACGCUUUGCGACGAUUUCAUCAGCUUUCGGCCUCAGCAGCAGCGGGAAUCGUCAGUUUACGGAAGCAUUCCGGCAACCGAAAUCGGUACUUUUUGGAGGAUCAUCACGUUCCAUUGCAGUUUCUUCCGGUGUCCUGUCCAGUGCAACACGAGCGGAACCUUUUAAGAUGUCCGGCAACGCCAAACUACUGCACGAGAACCUGUGGGAGUCCGAUCCGGAACUGAUGGAGAUGAUUCGAAAGGAGAAGAAGCGUCAGGUUCACGGUCUGGAAAUGAUCGCAAGUGAGAACUUCACUUCGCUAUCGGUGCUGCAGUGCCUGAGCUCAUGCCUCCACAACAAAUACUCGGAGGGUCUUCCCGGUCAGAGAUACUACGGUGGCAACGAGUACAUCGACCAGAUCGAAAUCCUAGCCCAGCAGCGGGCCCUCAAGGCGUACCAUUUGAAUCCGGAAGAGUGGGGCUGCAACGUGCAGCCCUACUCCGGUUCACCGGCAAACUUUGCCGUCUACACCGGCCUAAUCGAACCGCACGGGCGCAUCAUGGGGCUGGAUCUGCCGGACGGUGGUCACCUGACGCACGGUUUCAUGACGGCGACGAAGAAAAUCUCCGCUACGUCGAUCUUCUUCGAAUCGAUGCCCUACAAGGUGGACCCGAACAGCGGCCUAAUCGAUUACGAUAAGCUGGAGGAAAGUGCCCGGAACUUUAAGCCGAAAAUCAUCAUCGCCGGUAUUUCGUGCUACUCGCGGUGUUUGGAUUACAAACGUUUCCGGCAGAUUGCCGAUGCGAAUGGUGCCUAUUUGUUCGCGGAUAUGGCCCAUAUCUCCGGGUUGGUAGCAGCCGGUGUCAUUCCGUCUCCGUUCGAGUAUGCCGAUGUGGUGAGCACGACAACGCAUAAAUCACUGCGUGGACCACGCGCUGGAGUGAUCUUCUACCGGAAGGGUGUACGCAGUGUGAAAGCUAAUGGGGAUAAGGUGAUGUACGAUCUGGAAUCACGUAUCAAUCAGGCUGUGUUCCCCGGUCUGCAAGGAGGUCCUCAUAACCAUGCCAUUGCCGGAAUUGCCACCUGUAUGCUGCAGGCUACCACACCGGAGUUCCGAGAGUAUCAAGAACAGAUCAUCCGUAACGCACGUGCCCUUUGCAAUGGGUUACUCGAGAAAGGCUACAGCAUUUCAACUGGCGGCACCGAUGUCCAUCUAGUGUUAGUGGACUUACGUCCGGUUGGCAUCACCGGUGCUCGCGCUGAAUACAUUUUGGAGGAAAUCUCAAUUGCCUGUAACAAGAACACCGUUCCGGGCGAUAAGAGCGCACUAAAUCCAUCUGGCAUUCGACUGGGAACGCCCGCGCUGACAACGCGAGGUCUGCUGGAGGCUAACAUGGCCGAUGUGGUGAACUUUAUCGAUCGGGGACUGAAACUGUCGCUGGAGAUUACUGCCGUGUCCGGUCCGAAGCUGGUCGACUUCAAGCGAGUCCUGCACGAAGACCCGACCCUGAACGCAAAGGUGCAGGCUCUCAAGAACGAAGUGCAAGCGUACAGCGAGAAGUUCCCCAUGCCUGGAUAUGAAGACUACUAGAGGACGACUUCAUCAGGUAUGUGCGUCGUUCUUAUUGUUCUUUAUUGUGGCGGACAAAUGUUCAGUUCAGCUUGAUUUGUGCGAUGAUGGUAAUGUAUGGCGGGACGGCCAACAUUUCACUGCUUGCAGGAGCUAGGGAAUGGUUGGGUAGGUUAAGAAAAAUGAACAGUUAUGAAUUUAAGGUAUCGUAUUAAAGUUUCAACAAUCC